UGAAAAAUUGCAAAAAUAGUGAUUGUUUAUUAAAAAACUAAACAAUAAAUAUAUUGAAUUCUAACCGAUAAUUGUUAUUUAUUGUUAUUUAUAAUAAAAUCAAUAUUUUAUUUAUUAUAUGUAAUACUUUCAACUUUGUUGACUCAAAUGUCCAUUUAUAGACUUGUAGUGGUGCAAGGUUUAAAAGAAAAAUAACCUAGUAUUCAUUCACUGGGUGUUUUUGUAAAUAUUUUUAUUAUUGAAAAUAUCGUUGAAAUAAUUCUAAUUUAUGCAUAUUUUUUUAUAAAAAUAUAUUUGACAAAAAAAAUAACGUUUAUAAGAAAUAAAUAUUAUGUCUCGAUUGCGAUGUAUAUUAAAUAGCAAAUAUUUUGCUACUCGGAGUAAUGUUAGAAAUUAUAGUCCUAGUAAAAUAGAACAAAUGGUUCUAAAACAUUUUGAACCAGUAGAAAAGAAACCUCCAUAUAAUCACAUUUGCCAAGCAGGUGAUCCUGUUCUACGUUUACCUUGUCGACCUGUUCAUGCAGAUGAAAUAAAGUGUGAUGGAUUUCAGAAGUUUGUUAAUCACUUAAUUUCAGUAAUGAGAAAAUAUGAGGCAUUCGGACUAGCUGCUCCUCAAAUCGGUAUGCCUAUUCAAGUUAUUGUAAUAGAAACGACCAAAGAACAUUGUGAAGAUAAAUUGAAUGUAAAAAAUGCUGGUCAACCUAUCGAAAUAGUUCCUCUCCAAGUAUUCAUAAAUCCAAAAAUGAAAAUUCUGGAUUUUAAAACCACAGAAUAUCCAGAAUGUUGUGCAAGUAUUUUAGGGUUUUCAGCACAUGUACCUCGUGCUAAACGGAUUAAAGUUGAUGCAUUAGACGUAUUCGGCAAUCCAUUUACGUGGGAAGGGCAAAAUUGGUCUGCUAAACUUGUACAACACGAAAUAGAUCAUUUACGGGGAAUCCUUUAUGUAGAUAAAAUGGAUUCAAAGACAUUUUCAUGUACAGUGUGGGAUCAUGUCAAUAGAAAAGAAGGAAAAAUAGCAAUGGAUUUUUAUCCAAUAAAAAGAAGUAAAUUAAGGAAAUAUUUUUUCAUAUAAGUUUUUCAUUAUUAUUAUUCAUAAUGAAACCAUGAAUUAUAGUUGAUAAA